AUUAGUAUAAUAAUAGUGCAGUUAGAGCAUAAGACUUAAAUUUAAAUUCGUUUAAUUAAUUUAAUAUAUUUUUUCAAAAUGGCGGGCGUGUACGUAGCUGACAACAACGGUGUUCAGGUCGCAGAUGGCGGUGGCGGAAUCAAUGUAGUCGACAACAAUUACCACGAUGGCGGAAUUCACGUCGCCGACAACAAUUACCACGAUGGCGGAGUACACGUCGCCGACAACAACUACCCUGCUCACGGCAUCACGCUAGUCGACGACAACAUCGUGCAGGGCGGGAUCAACGUGGUUGACAAUGGCGGAAUCAACGUGGUUGAUAAUAAUUUCGAUGGCGGAGUCAACGUUGUGGACAACUACCCUGCUCACGGCAUCACGCUAGUCGACGACAACAUCGUGCAGGGCGGGAUCAACGUGGUUGACAAUGGCGGAAUCAACGUGGUUGAUAAUAAUUUCGAUGGCGGAGUCAACGUUGUGGCGUUUGACGAUGGCGGUGUUAAUGUUGCUGAAUAAUAUGUUUAUAGAUAGAUAUAAAUUUUAAUUAAG